UCACACAGAGGUAGCAAGGAUAGCACCGCCCCCCCUCACGCUGCGCAUGUACAAUUGCGCGAGGACUGCACGGCUGCAAAUACAAUGGACCGGUUUACUAAGCUCGGCUCCGCCUUCAACGGCGGGGCGUCGGCAGCCGCGACGGCGGACGGCCCUACCCUCACAGCCCGUAAAGGGUUCCAUCUGAUCGGCGCUGCCUAUUUCAACCCUGCAGACUUCAAGUUGGAAGGCAUCUUUGUCGUCGGUGCGAUCGCAUAUAUCAUCAUCUUCGCCGUAAUGAGGGCGAGAAACCGCAAAGCUGCGUACGCCUGGGUCCGGACAGCUAUGCCGGAGCUCCAGGAAGAGUUUGCGCUCAUUGCCAACCAGAAUCCGUACUCCCGGGGUCCUUUGCUCUGGAAUGGCGCUGGCGAGGCCGCUCUGUACGCUACCGGGAGACGUGGCGUAGAUCGGUUCCAGGCGUUUUUCCACUUCCUGCCCCUGCACGACCCGCUUUUCAUUAUCGGCCGAGCGUUCUAUGACAACUUUUCCGGUGGCCUAUCCCACGACCGGUCCACACUUACGCUCACCUUGACGCUGUCGCAAACAACAGACAAUAUUAUUGGCGUCUUCGCGCUCGUCGACAAGUCGGUCCUGCGCGCCACGCGCACCUCCAAGCGCUUCGACCUCACCUUCACGAAGCUCAUCGAGGCUGAGAAUGCUGCCACACAGCGAGGCCUGAGCAACCAGUGGGCUAUCCUGAGUGAGAACGGAGAUCUGACGGACCUCUGGCUUGGCGAGAUCAAUGACAAAGGCCAGGCACAGAGACAGAAAGUUGGCAUUCAAAAGUUGCUCGAUGACUCACCCGCUGGCAAAUGGCUUGAGAGCCUCGUCAUUAGCGAUCAGCCGACGGAAAAGCCGCCAGGGCCCCUUCUCCUUGAAGACCGCCCUCGCAAAAUCACUCUCACGCUUCGAAUGCCACGGAGCGCCUCGCAAGCACGCGAGACACUUCCCCUACUCGGCCUUGCGCUCAGCCUUGCCGACGGCAUCGCUCUCUCGACCGGCAGUCAGACAUCUUCGAAUCCGCCUCUUCGCAUAAGGCAAGACACGUUGGCCCGCUUGCGCAAGACGCGCGCCGAGGUGGACAAGCAGCUGGAAGAGGAGAGCACACGCGAGGAGCGCGAAGCGGAGCAGGAGGCCAAAGCGGAGGCCAAAGCGAAAGCGGAGAAGGCCAAGUUUGAAAAGCUCAGUCCUGCCGAACAGGAGAGGAGGAAGGAAAUCGAGCGCAAGAGGGCGAUGAAGAAGAGCAUGAAGACAGUGAAGCAUUGAGCCUGCUUGGCCAAAUGAUUGUAAAAAGGCUACAUCAACGACCGUUUGCCAAAGUUGUCAAUUAG